GCGUGCGCGCCUCAAGAGGAAACGGAAGUGGUAUCUGUCCGUACGGAAGCAGGAAGCGGGAGCGUAGGGCCACGCCUGCAGCGUUGCUGGAUGAGGCUGUGCGGGCGAGGGUCGCGCCGAGGCGAUGGCGGAGAAGUUUGACCACCUAGAGGAGCACCUGGAGAAGUUCGUGGAGAACAUUCGGCAGCUGGGCAUCAUCGUCAGUGACUUCCAGCCCAGCAGCCAGGCCGGACUCAACCAGAAGCUGAAUUUUAUCGUUACUGGUCUACAGGAUAUUGAUAAGUGCAGACAGCAGCUUCAUGAUAUUACUGUACCGUUAGAAGUUUUUGAAUAUAUAGAUCAAGGUCGAAACCCCCAACUCUAUACCAAAGAGUGCCUGGAGAGGGCUCUAGCUAAAAAUGAGCAAGUUAAAGGCAAGAUUGACACCAUGAAGAAAUUUAAAAGCCUGUUGAUUCAAGAACUUUCUAAAGUAUUUCCGGAAGACAUGGCUAAGUAUCGAAGCAUCCGAGGGGAGGAUCACCCGCCUUCUUAACCAGCUCACCCGCCCUCUGUGAAGAUCCCUGUUGACGGUGAUGCUGCCUAAGGCUGGGACUGGAGCGCCGAUGCCACCUUCCUGCUGACGAUGCCACCUUCCUGCUGACGUGGGACUGGGCCCUGUUACACCCCUCAGCCCUUCUGUCCUCAUUGUUCGGCCUCAUGGGACAGCGGGGCUAGAGGAGAAGCGGAGCUGUGUCCCGGCCAUUCCAGCAGCUUCUCUGUCCAUCUGGCGUCGUCUGGCUCUCAGAGUGGUGACUCCGUAUCACCAUGGGGAUCAUUCUCUCUGCAGGCAAAUGGGGCACAGGAAAACAGGCUUGGAAAUAUUAAAUAUGAUGGGUACAUUAAAAGUUUUACAACAUUCUACCUAAUAUUUUUCUUUUACUGUACUCUUUCUGUUCUAUUUUGUGUCAGAAAGCUAAAAGACUAGGAAAAGUUUUUUUAAUAGAAAAAUCGGUUUAAUGUGGAAAAUAUUUAAAUUGGUAUUAUAUUUUACAUUUUCAAGUAGAGUGCAUAAAUUGUUUUAAAUGUAACUGUUUUCAUGGAUUUCAAUUAGACAUGCAUACAAUAAAUGAAGUGGCUUAUUCCAUGUAA